GGAUUUAUCAUCAUCAUCAUCGUCGUCAUCGUCACACAUAGCUACAGAUUUGUUGGUCAUACAUAGAUUUGGACAUUCGUAGACAUAGACAUAGAACGGAAUAAUCCCAUUGCGGCAAUACAUACAUACACACCUACCUACCUACCUACCUAUAUAAAUCUCUCAAUUAAACCCUUUCAUUCCUUUGUCUCUUUUCUUCUCCCCCUCCUACUUUCCUCAUGUUCAAAACAUCUUUCCAUCGACUUUUCCAAUCUUCUCCUAAAAAUCAUACCGUUUCUCAUUUUCCCACUCCAUUCCACACCAUCACACGCACCAUGACCUCCUCAGCAGCUCCCAACAGACCAAGCGGUCUCCUCGCCACAUCCGGCAUCGAGCUGCUCACGUUUGGAACGCCCAACGGGCACAAAAUCAGCAUAUUGCUCGAGGAGCUCAAAGCCGCCUACGGAAAACAAUACACGUAUCAAUCGAUUAAUAUCAUGGAAAACAUCCAGAAAGAAGAAUGGUUCACGAAAUUCAGUCCGAAUGGAAGGAUUCCGGCGAUUGUGGAUCAUGAUCGCAAUGGAUUUGCGGUGUUUGAGGGGGCGGCUAUUUUGGCGUAUUUGACGAGGAAUUAUGAUGUGGAGAGGAGGUUUAGUUUUGAAGAUGAGGAUGAUAGGAGUAGAGUUGAGCAGUGGGUUGCUUGGCAACACGGCGGUCUAGGCCCAAUGCAAGGUCAAGCAAACCACUUCUACCGCCUGGCCAAAGAACGCAUUCCCUACCCAACCCAACGCUACGUAGGCGAAACCGAGCGUCUCUACGGCGUUCUGGACGCCCAUCUCGCCGAUCGCGAGUACAUUGUCGGCCCCGGAAAGGGAAAGUAUAGUAUUGCCGAUAUUGCGAAUUUCAGCUGGGUCAACGUGGCGUAUUUCGCGGGGGUGGAUUUGGCGAAGUUUACGAAUCUGGAGAGUUGGUGGAAGAGGAUUAAUGAGAGGGAUGCGGUGAAGAAGGGUACCAGUGUGCCCAGUGAGAGUCGAUUGAUUAAUGAGGCGUAUAAGAAGAGGGUAGAGGAUGAUCAGGAGUUUAGGGAGGGAGAGGAGAAGUUGAGGAAACUGGGGGAGGAGGCGAAGGUUCAGUAUGGGUAUAAGUAUUCUUCUCCUUGAUCUGGAUUCUCGGAUUGAUUGGGGGUGGAUUGAUUAUGAGAAUGGAUGGAGCGCUAGGUUUAUAGGGAGGGAGAGACGGAGAGACGGAGGGGAGUAUAAAAGGUCUAUCAUGAUAAUAAAAUAAUGAUUUCA